GAAGACGCUUUUCUGCAGGUUGCGAGAAGCUGGUUCUGGUGGGGACUGGCCCAGUGCUCGGCGCUGCGAGCUCCGGCGGGUUGGUGGGGGGGGGGGAGGGAGUGAAACUUUCAAGAACUUUUUGCUCUUGUUUGGGUCGCUUUUGGGUUUUGUUUUUUUGGAUCGUGGUUGUGUUUUGGCUUCUCCCAACGCCUGAGCCCUCAUCAGCUCAGGGCCAGGCAGGCUGGGCAGCGCCCCCCCCCCAAAAAAUAAUAGAAGAGAAGAGGGAAAAAGCUACAAGCAACAGGCACCCCCCCCCCGAAGGUGGAAGCUGAUCGGAGACAGGUGCGGUGCGGCUCUGAAGGCGGAUCUGGCUGCAAAGGGGCUCUCCCCUGGAGGAUCGGGCCGCGUCGAGGCGCCCCAUGGCGGCCGGCAGUGAUGCCCCCGCGGCCCUGCCGCCCGCCCGGCUCGCCCGCCUCAAGCGCUCCCGCUGCUCGCCGAUCCGCCUCCCCCAGGCGCAGCGGCUCCGCUAUCGUUCCCCGGAGCCGGGGGGCGCCGCCGCCCCCGGCCUGCCCUCCCCGGCCCCGGCGCCCCCCGCCGGCGACCCCUACGGGGUGGCGCUGGCGCUGCGGGAGGCGGCGCCGGAGCCGGCCCCCGAGGCCGGGCCCGGGUGCGAGGAGCUGACCCUGGACCAGCUGCUGGAGAUGGUGGCCCAGCUGGAGUACCACACCCACCCCGAGGACGGGGUGGAGAUCUGCCCCUUCUUCCUCCUGGGCUGCUGCUUCUCCGGGGCCGCCUGCCCCCAGCACCACACCCGCCUGCCCUACCACUGGCAGCUCUGGCAGGCGGCCCCCCUGCCCCCCGGCUGGCUGAGCGUCGGGCCCGAGGCCCACGAGACGCUGGAGCGGCUCUACAGCGACCCCGAGCGCACCCUGGUGCGGGCCUCCUACCAGGGCGUCACCUUCGACAUCGACCUGGUGGCCAUGCAGGUGCGGGACAGCCGGAGCUUCACCCGCGUGCGGCGCCUCGGCACCUCCCCGGCCCCCGGCGCCCCCCUCGGCACCACCCACGUCCACUACUGGCGGGCGCUCGGCGGCUGGCAGCCCUACGGCCAGCCCUUCACCCAGAGCAUCGAGGCGGCGCUGCGGAGCGGCCAGCAGGAGGCGCUGUGCAGCACGGCCGAGCACAGCUACCAGCUGAACCUGCGGGCCGGCUACCAGCGCAACCUGGCCACGGGCACCGUCCGGCCCCUGUGCGCCCGGCCCGCCUUCCGCGCCCCCGCCCUGCUGCUGCCGGAGCUACGGACGCUCUCCGGCAGCCUGGCCCCGGCCCCCCCGCCGGCCCCGGGCCCCCCCCCAGCGCAGCCCUACCCCGAGACCUGGGUGCCGCUGGCCCCCGAGCAGGACUGGCACCGGGCGCCCGUGGCGGUGGAGGAGCGCGGCUACCGGCUCAUCUACGGGCUGUUCCACAAGAGCCUGCCCGAGGCGCGGUACCGGCUGGAGCGGGUCUGGCGGGUGCCGAACCCCUUCCUGUGGGACAGGUACAAGCGGAAGCAGAGCCACAUGAGCCGGCAGCUGUCCCCGGAGCAGCGGCUGCGGAACGAGCGUCACCUCUUCCACGGCACGGCGGCGGGCGCGGUGCCGGCCAUCUGCAAACACAACCUGGACCCCCGGCUGGCGGGGAAACACGCCGCCCUCUACGGGCAGGGCAGCUACUUCGCCCGGCGGGCCAGCUACUCCCACCGCUACGCGCCCCCCGCCGAGGCCGGCCUGCGCCACGUCUUCCUCUGCAAGGUGCUGGUGGGGCACUCGGCCCUGGGGCAGCCGGCCCUGCGCCGGACCCCGCCCCUGGCCCCCGGCGACCCGGCCGGCGACCUGUACGACUCGUGCGUGGACAGCCUCAGCGACCCCCAGAUCUACGUGGUCUUCGACAACGACCAGUGCUACCCCUACUUCCUGCUCCAGUACCGCGAGCUGGAGGAGGUGGUGAAGGUGGACUGAGCCGGGGGGGGGAGAACCCAGGAGUCCUGCCGCCGCUGGCGGAGUGAGGGGGGGGGGCAGGACGUCCCGUGGAAGGGGUGUGAUUGGUCUGGGUUGGGUCCAGCAGGAAGUGAUGUCAUUCUACAGCAGGCUGUGAUGUCACUGGACUGAACCCAGCCCUUCAGGGUCCCACGGGAAGUGACAUCAUGCUACAGAGCUCCAGCAGGAAGUGAUGUCAUUCUACAGCAGGCUGUGAUGUCACUGGACUGGACUGGACCCAGCCCUUCAGAUGUCCCGCAGGAAGUGACCUCAUGCUACAGAGCUCCAGCAGGAAGUGAUGUCAUGCUACAGGGCUCCAGCAGGAAGUGAUGUCAUUUUACAGCAGGCUCUGAUGUCACUGGACUGGACCCAGCCCUUCAGAGGUCCCGCAGGAAGUGAUGUCAUGCUACAGGGCUCCAGCAGGAAGUGACAUCUACCAAUGGGCCAUGAUGUCAUUACGGAGCCAACCAAUGGGGUGCGGGAUCAGUGGGAGGCCCCGCCCACUCUCACAAACCAGAUUCUGAUUGGGUGCAAACUGAGUCAAUGCAGGGGGCCCCACCCACUUUGCCAAACCAGCUCCCGAUUGGCAGGGAGGGCUGCCACACUGGGCUCGAACCCGGCCCCUGCCUCCGGGCGUCUCCUGCUGCUUUACCGGGGGGGCCUGGCUCGGGCGCCCCCCCAGCAAUAAACCAGGUGCGGAGCUCAGGCCGUGACGUCCGUGUGCUCUGUGGGGCGGGGCCCCAACCAACCGUGCCUCAG